AUGUUGUUAGAGAGCACUGCAGAUGCGACUAUUGAGAACAACUUUUGGUCUCAAGAUAAACUUGCGCUCAACAUAUUACUAGGCAAACUCGAAGCAUCGAAUCAGUCUACGAUCGCUAUACAAAACUAUUUCGCAAAGAGAGCUCAAAUAGAGGAAGCGUACGGAAAUCAACUACUCGAACUAGCAGAAUCGUCGCAUCAAAUAGAAGAAUGCUUUAGCACCAUUUUGACUUCAUCAGAGAUGAGUGCUAGAGCACAUGUAGAUUUGGGGCAAUAUAUACGAAACAUGCUGGAAUUACCGCUCAAAAACUAUCUCGCAGAUCAAGAAAAUAUAAAGAUGUUUGUAACGUAUGAAAAGAACAAAAUGUAA